GACACACACAACCACACACACAUACAGACAGAGACACACACUCUCUUACUCACAAACUCAUACACACACAAUCAGAAGCGAGCAUACCUGUGCAGGCUGGGGGGAGUAGUGCUGGAGGGGCUUUUCACCGUUCUCUCUGAGGGCGCUGUGCUGUCAUUUUGGGAGAGAAGCGGGUCUCAAUUGUUUCCUAUUUCCUCUUCCUCUUCUCAUUCCUGGAAUGCUAAAACUGGACUGAUGGACAUUUCAGAACUUUGUCUGCCAGACCCUCUCAGCUAUCAUAACCAGGCUUCGUUGUCCAAUUCAUUAGGGCGAUUACUCAGUCCACUGGCCACACUGGAGCCUUCUCAUUUCUGGCUGCUGAAUAGAAUGGCUGCUGAUGACCGGCACCUGCCCUCCAGCUGCGGGUCCUACAUCAAGACGGAGCCGUCCAGCCCCUCCUCAGUCAUCGACACGGUCAGCCACCACAGCCCCAGCGGCAACUCGGACGCCAGCGGCGGCUAUGUCAGCGCCAUGAACAGCCACUCCAACGGCCUGGACUCUCCGCCCAUGUUCACGCCCGGCGGGCUGGGCCCCGGUGCCUGCCGCAAGCGCUACGACGAUUGCUCUAGCAACAUCAUGGAGGACUCGCCCAUUAAGUGCGAAUACAUGUUGAACUCCAUCCCCAAGAGGCUGUGCCUGUCGUGUGGUGAAUGGGCUUAUUAUUAUGGUCUGGUUUCAUGUCAAGCCUGCCGUCUCCUUGCUUCUUGUCAUGUGUCAGGUGUGCGUCUGGACCGUGUGCGAGGGGGACGACAGAAGUACAAGAGGAGGAUGGAUGCAGAGAGCACAGCAUACCUGGGCCUCACCCUCCCCCCUCCUGCCAAAAAACCCCUCACAAAGAUAGUGUCCCACCUUCUGGUGGCUGAGCCAGAGAAGAUCUACGCAAUGCCUGACCCCACCAUGCCUGAGAGUGACAUCAAGGCCCUGACCACACUGUGUGACCUGGCUGACCGGGAGCUGGUGGUCAUCAUUGGCUGGGCCAAGCAUAUCCCAGGCUUCUCCACACUGUCCCUGGCAGACCAGAUGAGCCUACUGCAGAGCGCCUGGAUGGAGAUCCUGAUCCUGAGCAUCGUGUUCCGCUCGCUGCCCUACGAGGACGAGCUGGUGUAUGCAGAGGACUACAUCAUGGACGAGGAACACUCGCGGCUCACGGGCCUGCUCGACCUCUACGUGUCCAUCCUGCAGCUCGUUCGCAAGUACAAGAAGCUGAAGGUGGAGAAGGAGGAGUUUGUUACCCUCAAGGCCAUCGCUCUCGCCAACUCAGACUCCAUGCAUAUAGAGGACGUGGAGGCGGUACAGAAGCUCCAGGAUGCGCUCCACGAGGCUCUUCAGGACUACGAAAGCAGCCAACACCAGGAGGACCCCCGGCGGGCAGGCAAGCUGCUCAUGACCCUGCCCCUGCUGCGCCAGACCGCCACCAAGGCCGUGCAGCACUUUUACAGCAUCAAAGUGCAGGGCAAGGUGCCCAUGCACAAACUCUUCCUGGAGAUGCUGGAGGCCAAGGUCUGAUGGAGGAGCAGGUGCCCCCUGUGAAGGCGAUGGGGACAGGGCAAUGCAGAAAGAGAGACAUGGACAGAAGGGACUCAGGACAGGAGAGGGACACCCUGCUGACUGAGACAGGAGACAGACUGACCUCUCUUGUUCUCCACCCCCUCGGACCCCAGACAUUAAAAAAAUAAAAAAUAAAGAAGAACAAAUGCAAAACUUGGUUAUAAGUAUAAAUAUAAAAUGAUGCAGAUUAAUUUAAAAUAUAUAAGAAAUACUAUGUACAGUAAUACUUUUUUUUGUUUAUGGUCUGUGGUCAUACUGUAUGUGAAGGAUCUCCCCCUUUCUCUAUAUCUUCAGAAGGAAUAAUUGCAGGCUCUUAAUUAACAUGGUUUCUAGUCAGAACCUCAAGACAUCUCCAAAUGUGUUCUGAUGACAACACACAUGGCAACCACUAUGGACAGCCUCACUUGUCAGACAGUUAUUUCACCUCCUGGACUUGACCAGGACAUGUAUAUAUUUAUUAAUAAUGGAAACUGAGUGUACAGUUAUUAAGUCUGGUGAACCCGACGGCCAUUUUCUCUCGUUCUUUUUCUUGGGGAAAAAAAAGAAAGAAAGAAAGAAUAAAAACUGUUACCUAAAUGUGAACUCUAUUGAUCUAAAUGCCCUUGAAUAUACCUCUUCAGAGCAGUGAGCCGUGUGAUAUGGAUCUGUCUCAGACAGGAAGAAGACAAACUGGUCACAUGACAUGUUUAACCAAACUAGCGUAGGCAGGUAGUCAGUCGUCUUAUUCUGUAGUAACUCAGCAAUAAAGGGAGCCGUGCCGUGGCCAAGCCAUGUUAAACCUCCACUACCCUCUCCUUCACAAUGCUGCUGUCUGUCUGUCUGUCUGUCACUAUAAGACCCAUAUGUGUGUGAGUGUGUGUCCCGGCAAUGUAGAUGUUUCUCCUCUGCAGAUGUUGUUGUCGAUGGUGCUCUAUCUCAAACCCCACAUUUGGUCAUUGUUCAAGCCGAUGGAAAUUGCCUCUUGGCAACUGAGCGAAUGACCUGAUUUGGGCAGGGUGAAAGAUGAUGAGUGGGUUUGGGGCGGAGGUAUCAAAGGAUUUAUGCUGAGUGGCAGAAGUCCAGGAGAUUCCAUGUUCAAACAAUCAGAGGCCCAUAUGUCAAACGCUCUAUUUAGGGUCCUUUAAGCCCAUGGCAGAAUCCUCCCACACACAGGGCGCAAGGUACCCAGCAUCUGCUAUCACCAUUUUAGAAGCUGCCGGUCUUUUUAUAGCUGGGGCUGCCUUUAUGGAGCUCCAUCCAAACGGAGGUGAAUGGCAGGUGCAGUGCAGUGAUGUGUUGGUAGCUAGAGCUUCACACUGACUGGGGGUAUUUUUAACCCAGAAGGAGGUUAUUGCUGUAGCUGUCUGCCUGCUCUCUGCUGUGCUGCUCUGCCUCCCUCCAGGAGUACAGUAGACACGUGGAGCGCUGCUUAACUCCAUGUUCACACAGUAACUGUGGUCUAACACCUCCCAAUAGGCCAGGAGACAGACAGGCAUUCUUAAAGACGGCAAUUCACCCCCCCCCAAGGUGCUCCUCUUGUGAGAAGCCAUGCAGACUACAAAGUGUCAGCACGUUUCAAAGGGUAGCACCAGUCCCACAGUGUGUCUAUACAAGGUGUGAUCUCUGGUGGGAAAGUGAGUAGAGGGGCUCCAUUCUCCCUGUGUGUAGGCAGGUCGUCCUCCAUGGUGCAUGCUGGGACCUGUAGUUCAGUAUUGUAGACUCAUGCUGCUCUUUGUUCUCAAAGGGAGAGAAUGUGGUGGGAGGUGGAUGAUUAUAGUACUGACGUGAUUUAUGUGAAGUGAUAAAUUGUAGCACUGUCACAAUAUGAUACUGUGAUCAAAUGAAUCCCUGACAUUGCAGACGGGAUGGUCGCCACUCUGCUUGUAAUAUCAUUGGCCAGUGUUAAUCCAGCAGCACCCUCUUUUACUGCAGCCUGAUUGGCCACUUAAUGGAGGUUGACAACACACCCCAGCACCUAAUCAUCCAACUUGAACUAGCCGCUGUCUACUUAACAGGCUCCACUUUAGAGGGGGACAAUGUAACGUGAGUUAUUUUACUGUUGUGCAAUACAAGGACCAAUUCUGACUCAAACCAUGCUGAAAGCAUGCUUUUACUAAGAUUUGGGACAAUUUGAUUAACAUUUCAAUAUUACUCAAAAUACCUCUAAUCAAAAAUAAAUAUCACAACUAUAUAUUCUUUGCUCGGCAGUAAAAUACAAGUGUUUUAAUGGAAAAGUACAGAUUACACACAUCAAACAGUUUAGCCUAAAAACUUUUUGUAACGAUGCAAAAUUCACACCCAACACGAUGCAACGUAAACUCCGGGCACUUCCUCUCAAUGCUUCACGUCUUACAUUCAAACCCUGGUUCUAUAUAAUGUGUAUAUAUCUGAAUGUCAAUAGUUACUGGACAGUAGCCUAUACAGUAGGUUGCCGAGUUACAACUGUUCAAAAUAAAGUACGGUAUGCAGCGUCCUGCUGACUACUACCUCAUCACUAUUGUCGAUACUUUUGAUUUCAAGACUUACUCUUCAUCAUCAUCAUCAUCAAGACUGUGUUGAAACAUACCUGAGCCGUCCAUGUUUCUAUCAAAGAUUUAUUGUCUAGAAAUGCUCCUGCCAAGAUAUUUGUAAUUGUAGUCACCAGUUGUCUCUUACCAUCUAUAUAUCUGUUUGUAAAGGUACAGCAUGCUUAAAGUUGACCUCAUGAGUUGGCCAUUAGUGGGUGUGACACCCAUUUUGGUUAUGAAGCGGGUACAUGUUUUUAUUAACAUCAGUGUGUCAGAAUUGGUCCCUUGAUGAUAAAAUUGCAGUAAGGAACAGGUACUUUAAAUUAUUUCCUGCUCCUACAUAUAAAUAUUUAUGGUGUGAAUUAUAUCAUUUGGCAACAGUGUACAUUGAUAUCUCAGAUUGUUAAAUCAUCAAUAUCUGUGUAACUUUUAUGUUUUGAUUUCCUAAAAGGAACAAAUAAUUAAAUAACUCCCAGAA